UUCUGCCGUAAAGCAGCUCGCCCGCGCCACCCUUAGUGCUGCCCUUGGGAGGUGAGCGGAUAUGAGUGGGAAUGGCGGGACCAAGGCCUUGGAGCUGCUGCGGUCGCUGCCCAGGGUUAGUCUGGCCAACCUAAGGCCCAGCCCGGGCUCCAAAAAGCGGGAGAGAAGACGUGGCCGUGGAAGAUAUGGAGGUAGGAAGUGUGGUCGAGGUCAUAAAGGAGAAAGACAAAGAGGAAAUCGCCCCCGAUUAGGCUUUGAGGGUGGUCAAACUCCGUUUUACUUGGCCAUACCAAAAUAUGGGUUUAAUGAGGGACAUAGCCUCAGACGGCAGUAUCAACCGCUCAGUCUUCAGAGGCUGCAGUACCUGAUCGAUUUGGGUAGAGUUGACCCCACACAGCCAAUUGACUUAACACAGCUCACUAACGCCAGAGGUGUAACAGUGCAGCCUCUCAAAAGGGAUUAUGGCGUCCAGCUGGUGGAGGAGGGCGCUGAUAUUUUUUCAGCAAAAGUAAAUAUUGAAGUGCAGAGGGCAUCUGAAUUAGCAAUUGCAGCCAUAGAAAAAAAUGGAGGUGUGGUAACAACAGCAUUUUAUGAUCCGAGGAGUCUGGAAAUUUUAUGUAAGCCAGUAGUAUUUUUUCUGCGUGGCCAGCCUAUUCCAAAGCGAAUGCUUCCACCUGAAGAUCUAGUGCGUUACUACACUGAUGCCAGGAAUCGUGGGUACCUGGCAGAUCCAUCUAAGGUUGCAGAAGCCAGGCUUGAACUUGCCAAGAAAUACGGCUAUGUCUUACCAGACAUAACUAAGGAUGAACUCUUCAAAAUGUUAAGCUCACGCAAGGAUCCCAGACAGAUAUUUUUUGGUCUUGCUCCAGGAUGGAUCGUGAACAUGGCAGACAAGAAAAUUCUAAAACCAACUGAUGAGAGUCUGUUAAAAUACUAUAGCUCAUGAAUUCAGCACUGGAGACAACUGCAGGUGUACAGGAAACAUCUGGGUAUGAAAUAAUGGAUAUGAAGUGGUGUUUGGUUUUUUUAAGACUCCUGUUAUACUAGGCAAAACAUAAAUUUUUGUUUAUGUAAUCUUCUGGUGUAGCUCUUGACUUCUUUAUUUUCAUAACACAGUGUAUGAAAAGUUCACAUUUGGAAACAGCAUAGACUCUGACAUAAAUGUGUGUUUGGGCACUUUCUCUUGUGAUUAUUUGCCAGGGUUUGGAGACUGUGUUUUUUUCAGACAGAAUGUUUCCAAGUUGCAUUUAUUUCAGGGGAUGAUUUGACCUACAAGUUCAUUCAAAGCUUAUUCAAAGAAUAACUUGACCUAAAAAUUAGUUAAUAUCUUUCCCUCCGUCAAUUUAAAAUUUGAAACAUGGCUGUAUAAAAUUAGUAUUAGUUUUACAAUCAUAUUACAUAAUGUUACAAUUGAUGUUUUGGAAAAUUAUAUCUUGAUAUACCUCUAAGAGAUAGACCAUCUGGUUUUGGAUGGGGAAAAUUACAAACCCAACCAGAAAUAACAAAAUACAGAAGGAUUCAUUAACCUCUUCAAUUCCAUAGCAAUGUUUUGGAUUUUGCCACUACCAUCAAUAGCUCUAGAGCUUAAGAAGUCUUCAUUUUGUCUUACUCUUUCAGAUGGAAUUGAGAAAGACAGCAGUUUUAGUUUAAAAGAGACUUUGUUUAAAAAAAAGUUUAAAAGGACUUUUAAACUUUUUGUGCAGUUUAAAAGAACUUUCUAUCUAAAUUUGGAGGGGAAAAAAUGAUGGCCAUCUUAAAUCAAUGGCUUUUAUUAUUCAAACAAAAUUUAAAACUUGUCCAGACACAAAUAUAAUGUCAUUAAUAAAAGUGCAUAGCAGAAUCCAGAAUCAAUGAAUAUUAAGACAGUGACAGUAGAUUGUGGUGGGGAUUGUAGAUGGGGAUGUGGUGGACAGAGUGCACAAUUAGGAUUCAGCUUUCAGCUUGAUCACAGUUUGCAUAUGUAACAGCGGACAAAUGAAUUUAGAUUUUGCGAAAAGUUAUGAACAGAUUGGUUUUAUGGGAAGCAGUAUUUUAAUUAACUCUGACUUGAUAUACUCUUGAAAAUCAUUUUCCAGCAAAUGUUUGUUUUAUCAAUCUCUCCAGAAUACUGUGUUAUUACUAUGCAAGAGUAUUCUAGGUUUCAUGCAGAAGCUUAGGAUUGGGCACUUCGGAUGAUAAACCAAGCAGUAAAUUGAAAGAUGAGAGAGGAAAUUAAUUACCAGAAUUUGCUCUGAUUCCUCAGAAGUUAAUGAGAUGCUUCAUUAAAGUUCAUGUAAUUAUGGAAGCUGAAUUUGGCUUUAAAGUAGGGAUAAUUUGAUUAUUAGGGUGCAGGAAACAGGCCGGAAGACCAGAACACAAGAAGUCUUGCUUUGCAAUUUUUGUUUGUGCCCUUGGAAGUGCUACUGACAGUUUCCUGUAGCUGCCAAACCGUCCCAUCUCCUAGGGAAAGCCCUCCGAGUGCCAGAAUCUCCUGUUUCUCCUGUAUGACACCUGUAUUUUGCUGGUGUGCCAUGGAGGGGGAGGGGGAAAGAAAAAAAAAUUACAAAAUACCUUGUUUUUCUUUCAGAGAAUAAGAAAAGGCAGAUGAAUUUUUUUGUUGGUGUUUGUUAACCAACCCAGAUUUUUGCUUCAUUCAACAAACUACCUUUUCAAUUAACAUGAACAUCUGUAAUCACAAAACAAAAUAAAACAAGUCUUCUAUUCUUGUGCUGAUUAAAUAACCUGAAAUCCA